UUUAAAUAAGUUUUAAUAUAUAAAUACCAUAUUAUCGACCCAUACAUCCAUUUUAUGAGUCUUUUCGGCCUUUUGUUUGACUAUAUUUUUGAUGAAAUAAUAAUAAUUGCGUUUUAAAAGUAUAUAUAAAUCAUUCACUUAUUAUAAGUAUAUUAUAUUUGCUUUGCUUUUCACUAUUCAAAAGCCCUAAACUUCUCACUCACACACACUCUCCCCCUCUCUUCACGUCGACAGCAAUUAAAACAUAUUUUAAUUGAUCUAAUAUUUAACAAAACUCGAGAAUUUCACUGCAAUUGCAUUGUUGUCUGUGUUUUGUUACCUAAAAGUGAUUUUCUAGUCAUUCAUUCAAUUCAAUCGUGUGUUUAAUUAAUCAGAAAAAUAACAAAUCAUUUGUGAUUUUCAUUGCAAAUCAUAAAACUUUCACAUAAAGUCUGCGGCCAAUCGCCAGUACUGGUCGCUCGCCAUCGCUAUCGACACGACAGACAUCACGACAUACGCCGGGAAGAGAGCGGCCAUCGAGUGGUUAAUGAGAAAUAAUUAGUAAAUUAGUAUAAAUCAGUAAAAUCUGGUAACAGUUGUCGUGAAUUGUAUAACUCUAUUGAGUUGUGUUGCAUAGUGUUGUGCUGAGUGGUGUCGCCGCCCAUAAUGUUGAUGGCAUAUGACGUCAGGCGAUCGUCUUAUUGUGGAGAGACUUACGCCACACUCGCAGACAAUAUGGCGGUUAACACGCAUCAGACCAGCGCUCAGAGUGGCGUCAACGGCGUCCACGACUCGGAACUCACCGCCGCUCACAACCAUCACAACAGACACCAAACCGACGGCAACCCCGACCACGACCUCAGAGACAUCAAACGCACGCCAAUCCAUCCCUCAGAUGGUGUACAACAGUUCUGGUUUAGUGAUCAAAUGAGCUAUUCUCCAACAUCACCGCCAGGUGCAAGCAAUGGACAAAGUUAUCACUUUAAGAUACUGGUGCCUGCAGUGGCCGCCGGAGCCAUCAUUGGUAAGGGCGGCGAAACCAUAGCUCAACUACAGAAGGACACCAAUGCCAGAGUGAAGAUGUCGAAGGCCAACGACUUCUACCCGGGCACAACCGAAAGGGUUUGUCUGAUCUCGGGUUCGGUCGAUGGCGUCCUUCGAAUACAUGAGUUCAUAAUGGAAAAGAUCAAAGAGAAACCCGACCCCAACGCUAAGAUUGCCAUCGAUUUUGAUCAUAAACAGCCCGCAGAACGUGAAAAACAGGUGAAAAUACUGGUUCCUAACAGUACGGCGGGAAUGAUAAUCGGAAAGGGCGGCAGUUUUAUAAAGCAAAUUAAGGAGGAGUCGGGCGCAUACGUGCAGAUCUCCCAGAAGUCAAGAGACCACGCGUUGGCCGAGCGGUGCAUAACUGUGAUCGGGGAGAUCGAGAACAACAAGAAGGCCUGUGCAAUGAUAAUCGCCAAAAUAGUGGAGGACCCGCAGUCGGGCUCGUGUUUGAACGUGAGCUACGCCGACGUGACGGGACCGGUGGCCAACUUCAACCCCACGGGCUCGCCGUACGCCAACGCCGGCAACUCGAGUGGCGGCAACUCCGCCGUCACUAACAGUAAUCCCAGUUAUAGUUCAAAUGGUAGUCUGAAUAGUCUGAGCCCAACGCUGACCAACUCGUUUAAUAGUCCGCAGAACGCCGGCGCUCAGGGAGGACUGAUGCAAGUCAAUAGUUUCGGACCCGCCGUCUCAUCGGGAAAUCCGGCCCAAAUGAUCGAGAGUUUGCGACAAAUGUUGCGCUCGUGUGGCUAUAACGAGGACGCCGUGGCCGAGAUUUGCUCCGCUAUGAACACACUGGCCAACUAUGGAAUGCUGGGCCUCGGCUUAGGACUCGGAGGAAUGUUUAAUUCAGUGAAUGGUGCGCCUAUGAUCAGUGGAUUAAGUAUGGGAAUGACUGGUACGCCUCCCAACAACUGCGGCAUUCAGAUGGGAAAUCCGCCACAAAGUGCAACUUUAUACACAUCUCAGGCCACCGGUGUUCCCGGUCUCGAUCAGCAGUCCUGCAAUAACGUGACUCAGACGCCGCAGGGCUCGGGUGGGAACGGCAUGUUUGGUCCGGUGGGCUCUGUAGGCAGUAAUAUAUCCACUAUGAAUAUGGGACACGGAUUUGGUUCCCCGACCGGCAAUCCCCGAGGCGACAGACUUCAGAUGCCUGACGGCUCGAUCGGUCCAUUUGAUCCAUUUGGUCGCUCAUCGCCAUCAUUACGCUCUCCCGUGACGGGCGGCCCAUCACAGGGACCCCCGCCUCUGCCCAUCAACAACAACUCAUUUGGUUUGGGAACUGGUCUUCACUCUCCCGGUUCGCUGCGCAAGAGUCCCACUCCAGGCGGCGGUGGAGACCAGUCAGACGGCGCCAACGGCGGGGCGAAGAUCGAAGUGGAAAUCGGGGACAACAUUGUCGGUGCAAUACUAGGACACGGGGGCAAGUCGUUGGUGGAGAUACAGCGGCUGUCGGGCGCCAACAUCCAGAUCUCCAAGAAGGGUAUCUUCGUGCCGGGCACUCGCAACCGCAUCGUCACCAUAACCGGGUCCGGACACGCCGUCCAAACGGCUCAAUAUCUCAUUGAGCAACAGAUUGGCGAAGAGGAGAACAAGAGGGCGCGACAGAACGUGACGCUCGGCACUGUUCUCCGCUAAUACAUGUGUGUGUAUUGAGUACAUUAGUGUAUGUUGUCAUUACAGAGACCCACUCCCACCACCACCACUACCACCCAUUGUCCCCAUUGCCCCCUCUCCCCCAUCCCAUUCCCGCACUACACAUACACACCACUAAUACACUACACACACGCCCACCACCUCCGCCGCCACGACAUACGCCGGACAGACCAUCCCCUCAGACAUUAUGUUAAUUAAUACAUUACACACACAACCAGAGAGUUAAGUACUUUUUAGCCGAAGUUUAUAUUUACGAAAUCAAAUCAAAUUUCAAUCCGAUGUUCAGAUUUCUGGACGAAAUACACAUCUAUUUGUUUUUGUUUUUAUGUUUUUUAUUAUCAUUAAUGAAAACUGAUCUACAGAUCUGUAGUGAGAGAGUGCCUCUGCAUUACAUUAUUAACACAAUUGUCACACACAGACCACACAUACAAAUACACAUUAUAUACACCACACCAUAGACACCAACACUAUUA